CCCCUGCUGGUCUCAGGCUGCCACUGGGUCGGAAUAUGCGCACCUGGUUCGGUAUUUAAUCACCCGUAUUUUAUAUGCUACUUUGAAAAUGUCUGAAAAUUCUAGUGACAGUGAUUCAUCUGGUGGCUGGACUGUCAUCAAUCAUGAGGGUUCUGAUAUAGAGACAGUGAUCUCUGAAAAUGGAGAAACAAAUAAUAAUCUUGAGUUUGCUUCAGAAGAAUAUGCUACCUUGGUGGAAGAAGAAGAGCAACCCUUUGAUCAGAGAGCUGUAUGCAGCAAAGAUGAUGUGGUCUCAAUGGUAGAAACUACUCAUGCUGCCUUGGAGGAAACCCAGGCAGUCCCUGAGGCAAAGAAUGAAAAAUUGCCUGAUCACAGUUCCUGUAUUGGGGCUAUUAGUGAUGAUUCUGACAUUGUUACCCUUGAAACACCUAAAGUAGAAGAAAUUGGAAUGCAGGAGGAAGUUGCAGUUGUUGAUGAAGAAGCUCAAGUUUCAGAUGAUUUUAACAUGGGUUCCUCUUCCAGCAGCCAAUACACAUUCUGUCAACCAGAAACUGAAGCUUGGUGGGAGAAGCUGAGGAAGAUUCCAGAAUGUGUAAGGGGAUGGGGUGAUGACCUGAAACAGCAUGUGUCUGGCAGCCUCUAUUUCCAAGUGUAUGAGAGAACUUCCCUGUGUUGGUUAAGAGUAUGUCUACAUACAACUAGAUACCUGCAUUUGUCCUAUGCCAGCGGACUUGGGUUUACAUAAGAACAGCCAUGCUGGG